CUUGAAUCUUCUCAUCACGCGACUUGCCGUUCUCGCCGGUAAUCCUUGUCCAGUCUUUCACGCCAUUCUCCAGCUGCCAUGACACAAAAGGUGGUGGUUGUCGGGGCUGGGCCGGUGGGAUCCCUGGCUGCUCUAUAUGCUGCGGUGCGCGGAUUCGAGGUCCAAGUAUAUGAACUAAGAGCAGAUCUCAGAGACCCCGACACCAUUCCGCUAAAUUUUUCAAAGUCUAUCAACCUUGCCCUCUCCGAGCGCGGAAUCCAUUCGCUCCGUCAGACAGGCCUGUCCAAUCUUGCCGAUGCCGUCCUGGCAGAGACGUUCCCCAUGCAUGGGCGCAUGAUCCAUGUUAGGAAAAAUGGCGAAUAUGUCCGCCAGCCACAAAUCUACGAUGCCCGGGGUCGAAGCCUGCUCGCCAUGGACAGAACCGGCCUUAACAAGGCACUUCUUGACCAGCUAGAGGCUAUGCCCAACGUCAAGCUCAUGUUUAACCACAAGCUAGUCGGCGCAGACUUCCGCAAGAAGAUUGCUUGGUUUGAGCAUCGCCCCAAGUCUGCUGAAGAGCAGGGCGAUGAGUUUGAAAUCACGUUUGAUCUCAUGAUCGGUGCAGAUGGUGCUCACUCAGCCGUGCGAUAUCAUCUGAUGAAGUUUGUUCCAAUGUACUUCAAACAAGAAUACAUUGACAAGCUCUGGUGCCAGUUUCAUGUUCCUCCUGCGCCAGACGGGGAGUUUCGGAUCCCCUCGCACUACCUACACAUUUGGCCGCAAGAUGAGUCCAUGUUCAUCGCCCUCCCGAAUCUUGACAAGACAUUCACCGCUACGCUCUUCUUGACAAGGAAAGGCUUCGAAGAGCUGGAUGAAUCUGGAAAGGUCGUCGAGUACUUUGACAAGAAGUUUCCAGGUGUGGUACCAGACCUCAUUACCGAGGACGACCUACGGAAGCAGUACGCAUCCAAUCAGCAUCUGCCUUUGAUCUCCAUCAAAUGCACGCCGUACCACUACGGCAAUUCUGGUGUCAUUGUGGGAGAUGCGGCUCAUGCCAUGGUACCCUUUUACGGCCAGGGAAUGAAUGCCGGACUGGAAGACGUCCGUGUCUUGUUCGAUCUUAUCGACAAACAUCCCAACGACCGAUCCAAAGCGUUGAGUGAAUACACCAAAGAACGCACACCAGAUGCGCACACAAUCAAUGACCUCGCGCUGGGCAACUAUCGUGAGAUGGCCAGCGACGUGAAGAAGCCGCUGUAUCUUUUAAGAAAAUGGAUUGAAGAGCAACUCUACAUAUACAUACCGAGCGCCGGCUGGGCCACCCAGUAUUCGCGUGUCACUUUCAGCAACGUGCGAUACUCCGAGGUCCAAAGGCUGGCACAUCAUCAGGCAAAGAUACUUAACAGGGUUGUCGGCCUUGGUUUUGUAUCUGCCCUUGUUUCUGCACUCUGGUUUGUGAGGUCUGGACGCGCCCAGCGAGCCAAGAUGCGUAUUCUGCUGCUUAUCUCCGUCGUUGCACAAAAGCUGCAGAGUUUAAUGAAGAAUUAAUUUGAUCUCGGAUGUCUACGAUUUUGUGUAUUUGGAGGAUAAAGGUUGGGUCGCCAUUCGCUGCCCUAUAUAAUUUACAUCACCGCUCAUCCCAGACUGCAAAGAG